GUAACACCCAGGUUCUCAUCCUCAUUUGCUCUCUGGGUCUGGCUGCAGUCGUCUUCUACUACUUCGUGUGUUCUUCGAGCUCUGCGUACAAGGCAGGGUUCCCUUCGCCUAAUGGCAUGCUCCAACAGGCUACCUACUCUCCCCCAGGCUGGCCCAACCAAGGCCCCCUGGCCAGCGGCCUUCAAGCACCUCGCACAUCGUAUGCCCAGCGCACCAGCUAUGCGCAGGCUGGAGGGUUCCAGUCGCUUCGCCAGCCUGGAGGCGGUUACGCGCAGUCCGGGUAUGGGCAGUACGCCAAUCCAUACCAACGCGAGACCCAGCGACUUCUUUCUGUGAAUGACCUGGCCUAG